GCUGCACCAACAACCACGACAGCUGCACCAACAACUACAACAGCUGCACCAACAACCACAACCGCUGCUCCAACAACUACGACAGUUGAACCAACAACCACGACAGCUGCACCAACAACCACCACAGCUUCACAAACAACUACGACAGCUGAACCAACAACAACAACACAAGCACCAACAACCACAACAGUUGCACCAACAACCAAGACAGCUGCAUCAACAACAACAACAGCUUCACAAACAACUACGACAGCUGAACCAACAACAACAACACAAGCACCAACAACCACGACAGUUGUACCAACAACCACGACAGCUGCACAGACAACCACAACACAAGCACCAACAACCACAACAGCUGCACCAACAACCACAACACAAGCACCAACAACCACAACAGCUGCACAUACAACUACAAUAGUUGCACCAACAACCACAACAGUUGCUCCAACAACCACAACACAAGCACAAACAACCACAACAAUUGCACCAACAACCACGACAGCUGCACCAACAACUACAACAACAGCUGCACAAACAACCACAACAACUGCAUCAACAACCAUGACAGUUGCGCCAACAACCACAACAGCUGCACCAACAACCACAACAGUUGCACCAACAACCACGACAUCUGCACCAACCACCACAACAGCUGCACCAACAACUACGUGUGGAACCAACAACCACGACAUCUGCACAGUUGCACCAACAACCACAACAGUUGCACCAACAACCACAACACAAGCACAAACAACCACAACAUUUGCACCAACAACCACGACAGCUGCACCAACAACUACAACAACAGCUGCACAAACAACCACAACAGUUGCACCAUCAACCACAACAUUUGCACCAACAACCACAACAGUUGCAACAACAACUACAACGGCUGCACCAACAACCACAACAGUUGCACCAUCAACCACAACAGUUGCACCAAAAACCAACACAGCUGCACCAACAACUACGACAGUUGCACCAACGACCACGACAACUGCACCAACAACCACAACAGCUGCACAAACAACCACAACACAAGCACCAACAACCACAACAGCUGCACCAACAACCACGACAGCUGCACCUACAACCAAAACACAAGCACCAACAACCACAACAGCUGCACCAACAACCACGACAGCUGCACCAACAACCACAACAGCUGCGCCAACAACUACAACAGUUGCACCAACAACUACAAUGGCUGCACCAACAACUACAACACAAGCACAAACAACCACAACAGUUGCACCAACAACCACAACACAAGCACAAACAACCACAACAGCUCUGCACCAACAACCACAAGAGCUUCACAAACAACUACGACAGCUGAACCAACAACAACAACAGCUGAAACAACAACCAAGACAUCUGCGGCAAUAA